GGCGCUGCUGCGGCGACCUAGACGACGCCCUCCACCUCGCGAUGUGAAUACAUCCGCGACGACCUCGCCUGAGAAUCCUUGCGCGACUCUUCGGACUCAUUGCGAUAUCGAUAGCUGACCGACACGAAAAAUGCAUCACACUCGUCGAGCACUGCAAAAGACUGUAAUCUCGAUGACAGAAUCGAUUGCCGUGUGAUACUCUCGACAGUACGUCAAAAGAAAAGAGGAAGGAAUUGAAAACCCGUAUCCUUUCUUAACGUUAAUGUUAUUCUUUAUGAAAGAUUUCGGAAGUUCUCAUUAAUCAUCCGUGUAGAUAGAAGUGACAGACGCUCAUUCGCAGAGAAAAAAAUCAGAGCAAACGUUACUCCGCAAUAUUCUGAGGCUUCUUCAUCAAAUAAUCAUUAUGUCAGAUCUCUGAUCUCGCGCGCGCAAGUCUCGGAGUGUCGGGACGGUAUGGUGAUUGCACACCGAGAGAUCGAGACACGUGGGGCAGGAAGAUGUAAGAGAAAAGUGCGAGGUGACCCCAGCCAAGCGAGAUGGCAAGUCGAAGGGUUGAGCUUUAGCAAGUGCGAUCUUAUCUCGCGCGUAUGAAACACAACGUACCAUUCCCGCAGAUAUACGAAACUGCAUUCCCUCCAAUCUCGAUUACCGUGAGAACUGUUUUCGAAAAGUUGUAUAUAAAUACUCGCGCCUUCUUAGCGCGUAUUUAUUCUUAAUCGAACAAUAAUCGCUUACAAUUAUUAAAGACUCGCCGCGCAUUCAGUACUGUACAUCUUGCUCUUAUCGUGAUGUCAGAGUGCGCAUUGCAAGCUGUCGCGUAAAUAAUCGAAUUCUUGGGAAAUGUUUAUCGCCGUCCGUUUUUAUCGCGAUACUAUUUUUAUCACAAACUAUAUUUUAAUCUGAGAAUUCAUUUUUCUCUCUCGAUAAGUUAUGACGCGUUUUUGAUCGAAAACGUGGACAAUCGGGGACAAUCCUCGCGAUAUCAAAUGAUCGACACGGACAGUGCGUGUAACACGGCUGCGGGCUACGCGUCAAGACAGUUUCCCUUCGAAUCCGAUUAGCAUAAUAAUUCGGCGCGUGUCGCGCCCGCUCGCGCGCGAAGUGCAUAGAGAGUGGGUGCCUGUGAAUGUGCGCGCUCGUGCGUGUCAGUGCGCGAAGUGCAUAAAGCGACGAUGGGAUAUCGGUGAGAUCACGAGGUCACCGCAGAAUGCCUGAGCCGAGGGCAAAGCGCUGUAAACACUGUGACGAGUCUGGCCACAGGUUGGACAGCGGCUCCCCGUUUUGGAGGAUUCAACUCGAUCAAGACCUUCUGGAUACCAUCAGCGCGAUCUAUCCGGAGUGGUUUAAGGAUUACACUAACAGCCGAGCAGCGUCGACAUCGUCCUCCACGUCUCCGAGCGCUUCCGGCGCGCAGUCCUGCAACGAGAGCGCCGCCGUGGUCGUCGUCAGCGCAGAGCGCGGUGGCGAGCACAAGGUCGCCAAAGGCGACUCCAAGUCGAAGUCUAAGGCAAAAAAGGCGGACAGCUACAAGGAUAAGGAUCGUGAUAGGAAGGAGCCUAGGCGCGACGCCAAGGACGAAAGGGACGCUGGAAGCGGUAAGAAAGGGACGAAGCUCUCGCCGCAGCAGGAUAAAGCAGCGGCGAACGCGACAGGAAGGAAGACCGCGGGUGUUGUCCCAGGAUCGGGAUCGGAGAUGGCCGAGGGCAAUCAAUCGCCGCCGAAGGCGGAGGUCGACGAUUCGCCUCUCCAGCACGCCAUGGACCGCAACAAGGAAUCGCUGAAGGUGAAGCUAAUGCUUAGGCGACCCAUCAAUCAGCUGGUUGCGCAAGGCAUCAUGCCACCGCUGAAGACGCCGCCGGCGUUUCACGAGCAACGGAAGCAGCUGGAGCGGGCGAAGACGGGUGAUCUGCUGAAGGCGAAGAUCCAGCAGAGACCGGGCAGGGACGAACUGGUACGGCAGCACAUCCUCGAGGAUGUGGGUCACGUCGAUCCGAGCCUGGCUGAGCGGCAGCGGAUGCUGAAGAAGGCCAGGCUAGCUGAUCAGCUCAACGAUCAGCUCAGUCAUCGACCCGGGCCGCUCGAACUCAUCCAGAAGAACAUCCUUCAUACUGAAGAGCCCAUCGAGAGGGCGGUCAAAGAGGGCCACAUUUCCUUCAAGGCUACCUGCGAGGGGCAGGUGACGAAACCCCAGCACCCGGACCACUACAUCACCUUCGAGGAUGACUCGCAGAGCUCGGAGGGCGCGCCCUCACCGCAGCUGGAAUCGCGAUCGUCGGACGUUCUGGAGACCGCGGCGACUUCUGCGGGCAUCGUCACGGUUUCUCUCAGCAUACCGACCACCGGUGGUGCCGUCGUGGUCUCGUCGACGUCUCCCGUCUUCCAACAGACGUCCACGGAGUCGACGAUACAGACCUUCGCCGAGCUUUGCAACACUGUCGUAGGCACGCAGAGUCAACAGCAGCAGGUUCAACAGAACCAGCAGCACACGUCUACGCAGGCGAGCCAGACGAAUGGCCCAUCGACGACUCUUCUACCAUUGGCGCCGGCGCCGAGCCCGAUGUCCCUGGGCUCGACGACGUCGAGCCUGAGCCCCCUGUCCAACAUCUCGAUAGCGUCGCCCCCGGCGCCGCCGCCGGCGGCAAUCACCCCGCGGCCCCAGCCGAGCCCGAUAGCCGCCGCCGCCGCCGCCGUGGCUGCCACCACGUGCCAAAGGAGCGACGCUCCCGGGAAGGACAAGAACAGAAAGAAGUCGAAGACCAAGAGCCAGCCCAAGACCCGGACGAUCAAGUUCCACGAGUAUAAAGGCCCGCCGAACGCGCAGAAGACGCCGGUGUCGUCUAGCACUUCCGGUCUCGGCGCCGCACAACCCGGUGAGACCAGUUAUGAGUUGCUCCUGCAGCAGCAGCAGCUGUUUCUCCAGUGGCAGCUCGAAUGGCAGCACAAGUAUCCACAGAUCAUCUUGCCAGCCGCGCAGAAACCACUGUCGCUCACGAGCAGCGGCGCCAGCGAUGCUGGUAGCGUAAGCGGAAGCAGCGCAAACGCUGCCAGCCCGGCACCGUCGAGCUCUUCGAACAAUCCUUCAGAGCAACCUCCGUUGAGGCCCUUGGGCAAGCUGGAGGACAUGAAAGUGAGCGAUCUCAAAGUGGAAUUGAAACGACGAAAUCUGCCGGUGUCGGGCUCAAAACCGCAGCUGAUUGAGCGAUUGAAGCCUUUCACGGAGUCAUCCACCAACAACUUGACCAUCAAUUCCAACGGACCGCACGUGACGCACAUGGGCCAUAUCCUAAUGGACACACCUGGUCCGAUGGCGACGGACGAGUCCAGCUCUCAAGCCAAGAGCCCAUGCUCCACCGUGAAGGAGGAGCCUAACAGUCCGCGAACGGCCUCCCCUCACAGCAGCGAACACGACGAUCCGUCGAGCCCGCCAGGAGAUGAUAUCAUCAAGGUGCAGAGGAAGCGGAUAGAGGAGUUACAGCGCGAACUGUACAAGUCGCAACAGCAACUCCAGCAGAUCCGCCAGACGCAGCCGCCGACGAUGCGCGCCGAAAAGCUAGUGCUCCAGCAGCACAUACAAAACAAAAUGCAGCAACAACAAUUGGCUAUACAUUUGCAACAGCUUCAGCACUUGCAACAGCAGCAGCAGCAGCACCAGCAACAGCAGCAGCAGCACCAGCAACAACAACAGAACCAACAACAAUCGCAACAACAGAUUCAACAACAACAGCAUGCCACGAUUCAACAACUUAACGCAAAGGCGAGUCUCGCGGCCUUCCUGCAAGCGCAACCGAACAAUACAACCGCUAUUCUCGACUCUGCGACUCUGACUGCGAUCAACAAUAAGAAAAAUCAGACUAAGAACAGCACCACUAUGCAAAUACCCACGGCGAUCGUUCUGAAUCUGGCCAAACCGACCAAGCUGAACGGAUCGCUGCUCGGUGCUCUCGUGGCGCAGGCUCAACAACAGCAGCAGCAGCAGCAGCAACAAACGACCACCAGCACUACUGCCGAGGACGUCAAGCCGCCGCUACCGCAAUACGAUGAAGCUGCUAAAUUGCUGAAGGUGAAAAUCGAACCGGUUCAGAAGAGUCACAUAAAGAGUCAAGUGGUCGAUGACGUAUUGGAGAUUCUCAUCAAGAAUGGCGAGUUACCGCCGAGCGCCGCGCAAGAUCCGGCUACUCCCACGACUCCGAAUCGCCAAUUACAGCAGAAUCUGGUGUUCACCGCACCAGCGGACAGUCCAACUCAGUCGUUAGUCUUCACAGCUACCAGCCCGAUCAGCCCGAUCAGCCCGAUACCGAUGGAGGUGUCUCACAGCGGUUGCCCGAGUCCGUCGACGCCGGCACCGCCACCACCGCCGCCGCCGUUGCCGUUAACGACGUUCUCCAUUCAGUUGCCGAGCACACUGCAACAGUUGCAACAGCAGGAGGAAAUCUCGUCCUUCAGUACAGAUUUGCUAACUUCUGAGGCCGAACUGGAUACCGCGAUGUUGCUCAGCCCUCAGUCGACGCAACAGGCGUCUCCGGAUCCUCAACCGCCGCAAGAAGUAACGUCCUCAGACAACGCCAAUUUGGAUCUCAAAGAGCUGGGACUGGACUUGGAAACGUUGGAUCCGAUGGACUUUUGUCAACUGGACUGCGACAUGCCGAUGGAUAUGGACGAUCCCGAUUGGCUGGACUCACUGAUGCCGCAAUCGCCUCAGACUACCACAACAAUGUCGUCAUCCAAUCAUCCAUCCACCACCGCGAUCUCGUCUGCCGCGGAUAUCUACGGCCCGCUGUUAGGGGGACCCAACAACGAAUACUCCGUUGAUCUCUUUAACAUGGAAGACUCCGACUUUAAGAUGUCGUCCGAUUUGUCAUCCCCGAUGAUCUGGGACAAGGUGGAUUUCGCGACCUAGCCCGAGAUACUCUCUCGCAAUCCGGCGUUAUGUACUUAAUUUUCGGCAGGUAAUCAAAAAGUUCAUAACUCGUGAAAGAUAGAGAGACGCGGACAGCGAAGAUCACUGUAUCGCCUGGUCAAGUCUGUCCGGUGCAUUUUGUGUAAAACGCCCCUGGUGCAUCUUGUAUCAACAUCACAUCGAAAUAUGUACUUAUGCGUGCGCAUCGAGUGUUUCGACACGCUUCUUACGAGUUCGGAAAGUAUAAUCGUACCUAAUGCUAAACAAAAUAGGUACCGUAAUCGCGCGCAAUCGUAAUUUUAAUUAACAAUUAAGAAUGCAAAACAUACCGAAUCGCGAACCAGUCCUCACAGUGUUUAACGCGCGUGUCAUCACGCAUUCUUCGGUCUUCCUUGAUUAACAAAUAUCGACCGCACGUCGUUCUUUUUGUUCACACGAUCGAUUCGCGAGACAAAUAAUGUCUAAUAAAUACUUGAAGCCUCAUAAAUCUCUGGAAUAUUUUGUGCAACCCUGCGAAUUAAAGUUUUAGAUUAAAUAGCAGUCUACACUUAUUAGAAUGCAGCUCGUGUAAAAAAGAAGAACGACAGUUCCGGGACCGAAAUCAGCUUUCAAAAUUCUCCAAAGAAUCAGCUUACAACACGUUUUCUAAGCUAGUUUUUACUAUCCAAUCGUGUGUUGCUUGAGUUUUAAUAAUUGCGAGAAAUAUCAUGUGUGUCAAAAACAGGAGUCGAGAAACACUGCGUAUAUGAUCUUCUCGGAUAAUCUCCCUUUCCCAUCUUCGCCCCGUCCUCCUCCUCCCUCUUUCUCAGCCGCAAUCAAUCGUAACAUAAUCGCAUAAUUAUACACUUACAGAAUCUAAUAUAAUGCAAUAAUUAUUAUUAUUGUAAAAGUAUACAUAUAUAUACGCAUAUACGUAUACACAUAUGUAAAAUAUACUUCUAUAUGCGCCUGACGUCUGCGAGUCGAGUAACAUUCGGAUACGCGAGUUCGAGGACCUUCCAGCGCAGCUAUACAUAUUUUCUAAGCCACAGAGCAUGUGAUGUUAGGAAUUAUUGCGUAUUUUAAUCGAUAAUCAUUAUAAUUAGAGAUGAAAUCGUGGAAACGGCUGCGCGCGCGCGCGCGCGCGCACGUGAGCGAGCUGCAUCAUUGUGGUUCCGGGAUCGGUUUACCACGGCACGGUUCUUCGAUCUUUCUCCCGCGACUACUAAUCUCUUUGUUGUUUUGACAUUCCAUGUUUCCAAACUACGAACAAGUAAGAUCGAAGCCACGCGUGUCGCGAGCCGCAAACUAUUACUAGCGCAUAUUCGCUACGUAAUGAAACGAAAGAUCUAAUCUCGGAAUGUUAUAUCAGGCGAGAGUUGCUUUAUGUUCGAAACAUAUCGCCAUGCAUUUCUUUGAGAUGUUCUUCGGAGACCAAGCGGCUUCGCGCAUCGACGCAAUGACGAAGGACCGCGCCGCCGAGCUCGGUAACGGCAGAGAAAGAGUGUGUAUGCAAGAUAUGGAAGAUACAAGCGUGUUUUAAAGAGUGCUUGCUAUGAGAGAGUGUAAGAGAGCCUCGGAUUAAUUGUAACAAGGAGAAAUUAGAACAUUUGUGAUAAAUCAUCUGGAAGAUACGUAUAUGAAAGAUAUCAACUGGAAGAUUAAGACACCAUUUUAAACGAUUUUCUUAGAAAGUAUGGUUACUGUAUACUUCGAAGAGAGCUAGAUAGAGAACUAGAAUUGUACAUAUUAUCCUUCACAAUAAUGGAGAAUUAAUUGUUUCCACCUAAGCUACUUCCUAUUUCUUUUUACCGAAAUUUUCUACCAUUUGUAACUUCGAAAUAUUAGUCUCCCAAUAAGAGAUUUGAUAAACGAAUACGUCGAUAUUUAAAAUUGUUACGAAUGACUCCAGGUUUUCUUAUAACACGUGCUUGUGUGUGUGAGACAUGUAUCAACGUUUAUGGACAGCGAUGGUGCUAAUUGAAACCCCAAUAAACAGCGAUCGACUCUCGCCGGAAAGACGUCGUGGCUGUGUUUUUUUUUCUUUUUUUAGAAAGUCCCUUUGCGCCGUAAUCACGUUCCGAAUUUUUCCUCGCGACCGACGUGCCUCGAAGUGUCGAUUCUCGGCGAGCUUUUUAGUUCCACGCGGAACUGGCGUUGUCUAGUACUAAUGGAAUGAAAGAGGAAGAAUGCUGUAUUUAAAGCUAGCGGCACACUGCAAGAUUUUUCGUGCAUCUAAUGAACUACUAGAGAAAUGCACCGUACAGUAUACAGCAUUUCUAGUAAUUUACUAGGUCGCAUGUAAUACAGAAAAUUGCCGCUGGUUUAAAUUGUUGGUUUCGAAUGAGAAAAAAAAUUAGGCGUGUUCCCGCAGUCUCAUUAGCGAAACGGCACAUUGGCCCGCAAAAUCAUUACUUCCCCUCCCCGCAUUCACCGGAGAAGCAACGCAAAAGAUAAAAAAAAUGCAACAUUCCAAACAUAUUCAUUCUUCCACGGAGAAUUCUGAAAACCUCGAAGUACUGCCAUGUUCCGUGUACAAGGGAGCCCGAUGGAGAAACGAGGAACGCGAACGUGCGUCGUAAAGCAACGCCGGAUUCGUCGAGACGCGCGCGGGAAAUAAUUAAGCCGGAACUCAGUGCAUUUAAUUAGAGGAACCGGUUUGUCUCCUCUUCUCCCCAUCCUGAACUUUUAGAGCCGGUCGCAGAAACGCUUUUCUUUUUUGUUCUUGUUCCGUUUUUUUUUUUUUGGUCGUGCUGAUAAGUGUCGGUUCCGUAAAUCUUGUAAAUUUUAUAAUUUUAUAACUCACUUAAAAGUUAUCGUGCCAAUGGAAUCGACUGAACACUAAGUAUUUCAUAUACGUAAGUUAUAUAACCGAAAGUACCGUGUUUUUCCAAACGGCUCUUUAACUACUAAUCAAUUCAUAGAGCUAUCGAUCCGUCAUUAAAAUCGCUUCGCAAUCAUAUUACUAUUAACAUAAGCUUUUUACUAAUACUUGCAUUUAAAGCUAACUUUCGCUUCUGAAUCACUCUUUCUCCCGUCUUCGAAUCAUUGUCACGCAAGUUAGUCUCUAAAUUAAUGACGCUUUUAAACGUAAAAAGUGCGAUCUGAAAACUCAAGCGGUGUUUGUCACGACAAACGGAACAUGGCAUCGGGGUGAAAAGCGUAGGUGCCAAAAAAAAGUUUCUUGCCGCCAGCAUAGUUACACGUGUCACCAUCCGUUGCCAUGACAAUAAGGGUUUUAUUGUUCUGUAAAAUACUGUAUAUAUAUAAUAUUAAAAUGCGAGAAUGUAUGUAUAUGUGUGUUUUGCAGCGACGAGCUUGACGCAAUGAAUGUAUUUAGAAUAAUCGGAGGACGAUUAUGGCAUUAAAAAAAGAUUGUUAUAAAAACGGCGCGUCUUUAUCUCAUCGAACUCGCGUCGCAGCGAGCAUCACGCUGCGUGACAUUGCAAUCGCGUAAAAUUGUUUCAAUUUUGAGUCAUUUAUCAUGGUUCUAGCGAUGAUUAAUCGAUCUGUCAGGCUGUGCGAAUGUAGUAGUCUGUCGUGUGCGGUACAUCAGUGAUGUAGCGCGCGUUUGGAGAAUAAUGAGAAUAAUUUGCGAAAGCAAGGAAGGGAUGAGACAGCCAAACAAAACGUAAUGCAUGUAAACCGAUCACGUUAAAUAUAUAUACAGAACUUCGGGCAUGUAAUAAACCGCGCGAUUGUAUCAAGAGAAAAGCGAAAGAGGGAUGCAGUAGCGUCGCACGUGAACACACAUUUUGUAUGCGCAUUGCGAGGUAGUAUAUAUAUAUAUAU